CAACAACAACAACAAUAUGGACCUGACUGUACACCUGACUUCUCUUCAGCUGCCUCAGACCAGACCAGGAGCUCAAGUCCUGCACAUCCCCCUGAACCACAGAUGCGCUCGGUCCAUACACAGUGGGCGGACCCUGCACGACAGGAUCAUGAUUAUUGCCAGACGGCCAGCAGAAAAGACGUGCAGGAUAAGAUGACUCAGUGUGAUGAGAUUGGCUACUUCCUGCUUCAAAAUGAUGCUGAUGCUUUGCUCUACACUGGUAUAUCCCAAGAAACAUUUAACAUUCUUGUGUCAGCUUUGGAAGGGUAUGCCAAUAAUUCAUUUACAAUGUCUGUUCGAGAUCAAUUUCUCAUGACACUUAUGAAAUUAAAGACCAACCGUGUAGUAGGUGAUCUGAGUAGACAGUUUCAUGUAUCACUGAGCAUGGCUAGCAAAAUAAUCUCAUAUUGGAUUGACAAACUAGAGGAAGUUUUGCGACCUCUAAUUCCAUGGCUUCCAAAAGAAACUAUUCGUGCAACCAUGCCUGCAGCUUUUAAGAGUAACUUCCCUAAUACAACAUGCAUUGUGGACUGCAGUGAAAGCCUCUUACAGAAACCCAAAAAUCUUGAUUCAAGAGGGGAAUCAUACAGCCAUUAUUAUUCACAUAACACAGUGAAAUACCUGGUAGCGGUUGCCCCAUGUGGACUAAUUAUGUUCAUUUCUCCAGCAUAUGGAGGGCGAUGCAGUGACAAAUUCAUCACCAUGGACUCAGGCAUAUUGGACUACUUAAUGCCUGGAGAUGAGGUAAUGGCGGACAGAGGCUUUACCAUAAAAGAUUUGCUGUUUGAGAGAAAAGUAAAAUUGGUAAUGCCUUCUUUUAUAAAAAAACGUGGACAACUAACUGAGGAACAGGUGACAAGCACCAGGCGAAUUGCACAUGUAAGAAUUCAUGUUGAAAGAGCAAUCAGACGUUUGAAAGUAUACAAAAUAUUAUCACAGGUUGUUCCGAUCAGCAUGGCUCCUAAAACAGACAAGAUUUUAAGAAUAUGUGCUGCUCUUGCCAAUUUAAGGGAGGAUCUCAUUCGUGAUUAGAAAUAAAUCAGCAUGAAAUCAACAUGUGCGGACUACUUUUACAGGGCUAUUAAGGACAUUGUAAAGGACUGUCAAAUGAAAUGGUGCUGUAAUAGUUGAAAGAUGGAUGGGUACAAAACAUGUAGGGAGUUAUGGAUUUAAUGUGAACAUUCUUUGCAUGUUUGUUAUUUUGUACAGAAUGUGAAUAUUUUUGCAUUUCAUUUUACAAUGUAUAAACUGUAUACAUUUAGUGUCAUCACUUAAAACAAUGAAUCCAUGUCACCUUUAAUGUUACUUUGAAUUUGUUUAAACUCUGUUGUACAGAAUGCAAAUACUCAUGCAUUUCAUUUGCAUAAUAUAAACUAUGUACAUUUAGUGCUAUCAGUAACAAUUCAUUCUUGUCACCGUUAAUGUAAAGCUGCCACAAUUAAUCGAUUAGUUGUCAAGUAUUAAAUUAAUCCCUAACUAUUUUGACAAUUGAUAAUAAAUAUUUUUUUAAAGAAAAAA